GUCACGUUGUCUUACAGUGAAAUGAACAAACUCGCUUGUUUGUUGUCAACAUGGAUACCCUAACAUCCAAGACGCACCAAACAAAUAUAACUUAAAAGGUCAAGGUUGAGGUCUAACGGCAGCCAUAUUGUCUUGGGGGAGCAUUUCUUCUUAUUACUUCGGGUGCCACCGCUUGUCACUGAGAUAACAAACGGAAAUAAUAUCAUAAAAACGGGGAAUCUGUUGUUUCAGGCGUAUUAUAUAUGGAUUUAACCUAAAAUCAAGAUCAAACUCCAUUCCAGAAAGGACCUAGAAAAGCAAUUUGAAACCUUGUAAACAUGCAGCAGGCAAAGAACAAAAAGCCUGGCUACUUUGGGGAAGAGGAGGAGGCAGAACCAAGCAUGUAUUUUAAUACACAGUCUGUUUUCAGGCCUGACAAAGAGAUCUUGAAUUCUCCUUCACCAUCCCAACUGUCUUCUGCAUUUGGCACAAACUAUUUUGGUGGCCAACCAGCAAUAGGAAACAUGGCAAUGCAGCAGAGGAACAGCAUGACAGGAGGGCCAGGAGUGGCACAGUUUCAGAGGAACAGUUCAGGCCACUUAACACCAACCAGUCUAGCACCAUCAUUCCCCAUAGGGCUUCAGCAGCAACAUCAACAGCAAGCCUCGCCAAAUAGGAAUUUAAUGAGCAGUUUUAGUCAGCGUGGCUUCCCAAAUGUGGGUCAACCAAGUGCAUCACAAGCUUUGACUGCGAUACAGAAAAGGAAUAAUCCAAUUUCCUCAGCCAUAUUAAGUCCUAACUAUCUAUCUCAAAUCAUUCAAUCUACAAUGCAACAUCAACAGCAGCAACAACAGCAACAUUUGUACCAGGGUUACCAUCCUCCACCUCCCCAAAUCACCAGGUCCAUAAGUGUACCAGCAAGUUCAGGUAAUAAUGUAAUGACAAAUUUGGCGGGUGGCUUUGCUGGGAUGCCAGGAAUUAGAGAUUCACAACCAAAUCUAGAUCUGUCUGAAUUCCCCACACUGGGCAACCGGUCUGGUAUGGCUCCUGGUCCAAACCCCACAAUACAACCGCCAAACAGAACCUAUGUUGGUAUGGUUAGCAAGCCACCUCAAGAACAAACUCCAGAGUUCCAGAUCCAGCAAGAAGACUUUCCAGCCUUGCAUUCUACAGUGCAAGGAGGAGAUCUGCCAACUUCCAGUUCUACUGAUAGUGGAAGCAAAGUGAAUUAUGGUGGUGUUCGUUGGCUACAGCAACCUGCCACGCUGGGAGGUGCUUUCGACCAGGGUCCAAAAGAAGGAAUUCGGUUUCCUGGAGACAAGAAUUCCAGUAGUGGGCAACCAAAGAAGGGCAUUCAGACACACCAAGAUGGAACUGUGUCCAAUAUCCCUGGUGGUAUGGUGACAGACCAGUUUGGUAUGGUGGGCCUCCUCACUUUCAUCAGAGCAGCAGAGACUGACCCGAACUUAGUAGCACUGGCCCCAGGCAUUGAUCUAACAACACUGGGACUAAACCUUAACUCUCCUGAAAACCUGUACAGUACCUUCCAGUCCCCCUGGGCUGAUGCUCCCUGUAGACCACAAGACAUAGAUUUUCACGUACCCUCAGAGUAUCUCACAAAUAUAUUUAUAAGAGACAAGCUUGCUCCUAUAAAACUUAACCGUUAUGGGGAAGACUUGCUAUUUUUCCUGUUCUACAUGAAUGGUGGGGACAUGCUUCAGUUGGCAGCAGCAGCAGAGUUAUACAACCGAGACUGGAGGUAUCACAAAGAAGAAAGGGUCUGGAUAACCAGGGCCCCAGGGAUGGAACCUGCUAUCAAGACUAAUACUUACGAACGAGGAACAUACUAUUUCUUUGAUGCACAGAACUGGCGAAAAGUGGCAAAAGAAUUCCACUUAGAAUAUGACAAACUAGAAGAGAGACCUCAUCUGCCACCUACUCUCCAUCAUAAUCCUAGUCCUGCUGCCAUGGUGGCUCACUAGCAGAGGCUAGACAUUAACUAGGUGAACAGAUGGCAAUAUAUGAUGGCAACAGAACCUGAAAAUGUGUUCAGUGUUUUUCAGUCACGUUUCUGUGACAUAGUUCAAAUGUGCCAUGCUUCAGCAACGGUGCUUGGCACGGAGAAGAACACGAAGGGAGAUUUGCUGUUGGGUUUUGAAGUUAUUUUGGACCAUAGGUGCAUAUGGAGGGAGACAUUUUUUGUCAGUGAACUAGUUUUGAAGAUCUCCUUAAACAGUACCCUGAAUACAAGUGCAUUACUGGUACUAUCUCAUUUGUUAUAAAUCCUUUGACAUGACAUAAUGACUGUUGUUUUUGGUAUGCCAGUGUUGCAAUGGAUGCUCUCUGCAGAACUGAAUAAUCAUAUGAUUGUAAUCUAAACAGACUGUAAGUUUGAUUUUGAAGCUAGCUGGACAAUGUUUAUGGUAAUUAAUUCUAGACAGCCACUUUUUGUAAACACCUUAUCAAUAAGUUUUAAGACCACUUUUUAUGGACAUAAAGCCAUCACUUGUUCACUAUGCCGUAAAUGUGCUCUUUCUUUAACACCUUCAAAAGAAAAUCUUGUUGCUUAUUAUUCUCAUAAAUACAAGAAUGAUUUUUGGGACCAUGAAGAAGCUUGAAAACCAUCCUUUCUUAGAAAUUGUGUAUUUUUAAUGAAUUUUUUUGUUUUUUGUUCAUUGUCAUUUUCAAGGAGGUGUGUCUUUAAACUCCCAUAAGCCCGAAUCCCUGUGCUAGUGACAUUUUCUGAUGUGCUCUUGUAGUAGUGCAUUAUUAAAAAUUGGUGUUGAUUAUUCUGUUAAAUAUUGCAGCAGAAUUGACAAAAACUUUGGUGCACCGUCAUCAUAAAUAGCUUGAAAUAAAAAGUCUUUAUUUUUCAGGAAAUUAAUCAGGAUUUUGAACUAUAGUUAACAAGAAUUCAGUAAACUCAUUUCUGUAAAAACCAACAUUCAGAAGGAAGACUACAAUGCAAUUUUGUACUGUCGAUUCAAUUUAAUAAACCUCAGAUGGUACAUUA